CGGCUACGACUUACCUUGCUACUUACAUCCUCCCGCGGGAGGCGGCGUUCUGACCAUGACUCGCGCUUCAACACCUCCGAUACUUCUAGAACUUCAAAGCGCAGACUCUUUAACCUCACAGGCUUCGGCGCUUCGAACCCUCAAAAAUGAGACAAUUGGCCAUGAUCAACGCAAAGAAGCCUGGAUCCGGUGGGGUAUAAUCCCCAUACUAGCCAAGGUCCUUGCCUCCAGGCAGACUAGCGGAAAGAACACCGAGCUCAAUGGGCCGACCAAAAGCCAACAGUCAUCGAGUCACAAUUCGGAGGAGGAUGAGACGUGCCUACAGGCAAUUAUAGUACUGGGUAGUAUAGCACAAGGCGGUGCAGCUUUCCUUUCCCCUAUCCUUUCUAGCGGCAUCCUCUCGAUCCUCCUGUCUAUAUUAUCAUCUCCCGACUGCCCUCAAUCUUUCGUUCUCCCCAUACUGCGAACCCUGAAUAACAUCGCGGAUCGGCUACCACUGCAAAGCCAACAACAAUGGCCGAAGGAUACACGCUUAGCCGAUCUGCUCUUCUCAGACGAACAUAUUAGCUGUCUGUCACACAUUCUCGGGCAGGACUAUGGGACAUAUCAAGCGCAGGCAUCCAUUGAACUUGCUGCGGCCCUUAUCGGAAAGCUUUGCACAGAGGAAGCUCACAAGGCAAUCCUGGCCGACUGUGGCGUGUUGGAUGCGCUGGCCGUGAAGGUGGCAUCGUUCGUCGUUGCUCAAGGCUUUGUACUUCCAGGUGCGGAAGCACAUGUGCAGGAGUCCGGCGCUCUUGGUUCUCUACCUCCUCCUGCACCCCCAAGUGCCAAACUGGCUCCGAUCCUUCGUGCUACCACGGUCAUUAUUGAACAUUCUAAAUGGCGUGCGGAGCACUUUCUCUCAUCGCCUGGCAUAGUGACUGUUUUCCCCAAGCAGGUGCCUGGAUUUGCCCCUUCUGAUAUCAAGACAGGCCCAUGGGGAUCGACAUAUUUUUCGGGUUCAGCUGUGCCACGCCACCUCGGACCCAGUCCCCUCGAGCAUCUCCUACCAUCUGUUCCACUGUCUCAAGGAAAGGCUUCUGCUAGUGCUACCAACUUUCCACCUCUUGGUCAGCCACAUGGACCUCAACGCCGGCAAAGCCAUUCAUUCCCAACCCCCUUCUCGAUCUUGGAGGCGCCGAACUCUGAUGAUGAUGAGAAUGCUAUCGUUCCUUGGCUUCUAUAUACUAUCCGUGCCGAGUGUGGCAUGGUGCGGCUGAUGGCUGCACGUCUGGUCACAGUUCUAUACCGUCUUGGUCUAACGAAGAAGCUUCGAGUCUCCAUGCUUUGUUACUUGUUGAUUCCAAUUCUUAUCCGGAUGCUCGAUAAGGACUAUGAGAUAACUGGCGAUGAUGGCGUCCAGUAUGGAGGACUGAUUCUGUCCACUGACCGUCUGAAAGAGGAAGCCCCGGCGGUGCUUGCUACCCUGGUGAUCGACGAUCAAGAGCUGCAGAAGCAUGCAGUCGAUGGAGGUGCUAUCAAACGACUGUCGCAACUCCUGAAGGAAACUUAUAAUCCAAUUCAAGAGAACGCUAGACCGAUGUGGCAUGUCGAUGGCGGGGAAAAGACUGAGACUAGUUGCACACAAUCAGCAGAGUGUACGCUAGGUCCUCCAGGAUAUUCUCCCAUUCAUUGUCAUGUCAUGCGAUACCGGGAGAACAUCCUUAAGGCUUUGGCCGCUCUGGUCCCUUUCAAAGAUGAAUACCGCAAGACUAUCUGUGACAAUGGGGUAGUCCCCUAUAUCAUUGAUUCGCUCAAACCAUGUCCGAACGAUCCUCGAGACACAUCUAAUCCGAAAAACACCGCUGCUGACGGCAAUCCUACGCCCACCCUGCUAGCAGCUUGCGGUGCUGCCCGGAUGCUCACUCGCUCAGUUAGCGUAUUAAGAACCAGUUUGAUUGAUGCCGGGGUAGCAACUCCUUUAUUUGCCUUGAUUCGUCACCAGGAUAUUGAAGUUCAAAUUGCGGCAACGUCAGUUAUAUGUAAUCUUGCGCUGGACUUUAGCCCAAUGAAGGAGGCAAUUAUAUCCGCGGAAAUACUUCCAACAUUAUGUGAGCAUGCACAUUCUACGAAUACAAAGCUCCGGAUUGAGUCGCUUUGGGCGCUGAAGCAUGUGGCCUAUAACUCGACCAAUGAUGUCAAGAUGAAGGUCAUUAACGGCUUGGGACCUACGUGGAUCCAGCAAAUCAUAACGCAAGACCCAACUAGUGCUCUAGCUAAACGAGGGAUGGAUGAUGAGAUGGAAAGCGGCACUUCAACGGGCAUGAGUCGAGCCAACUCCGCAGGCGAACAAGUUGAUCUGUUGAAUCCCGUCGAGGACACACAGGAACGCGAUGAGGAUAUGAAAAUGGCCGAUUCCUUACCACCAUCUAAGAUGAGCUUAGAGAUGUUCCUCCCCGAUGUUAGCCGGCGUCGCAAGCUUGCACUACAUGGGGACCUCGACCAAACCACUCAAGCACGCCAAGAUGAUAUUGCCGUACAGGAACAGACCUUUGAUCUCUUGCGUAAUCUUGUUUGUGGCCCGGGUGCAUCCGAGAUGAUUGAUCACUUGUUCAAGGAGAUCGGGCAGGAUUUGAUCUUGGAUGCACUGGCGGAUAAACUACGGCCUCGUACCAUCCAAAUGCCACAUAAACGAGAAUCGUCGACCCACAGAGCUCUACAAGUUCCGACAGAGAUCCUGGUAGCAGUUACGUAUGUGAUCAUCCACCUCGCUGCUAGCCUCCCAUGGCACCGCCAACUUUUGGUCUCGCACCGUGAUCUCUUACGUUAUCUCAUGGGGUACUUCGAGCACGCCAACCGGGAUGUGCGGACGAAUUGCGUGUGGGUAGUGAUCAAUCUUACAUAUGAGGAUGACUCGAGUGAUCGAGACGGCUGCCGUGAGCGAGCAUACAAACUGCUCUCUGUUGGGGUGAUGGACCGGUUGAAGCGCCUAGAAGAGGAUCCAGAUCUUGAUGUCCGAGAGCGAACCAAAACAGCCGUACAUCUGGUACAUAACGCCAUCAAUUCCUGUCCUCCUUUAUCUCCCGGGUUGACUUACACAGCAUCUUCUUACGAACUAAGCUCUAUGGCUCCAGUCCCCGCGUCGCUGUUGCGUGCUCUCUCCAUCUCCGAUCCCUCCAAAGCAAGCUUGUCCACCGCUGGUUUGGGGUCGGGUUUCACCAGUACAGGAGCCAUUCGAGCAACAGUUCCAUCUGCAGAUGGACAGUACGAAGAAGAGAGACAGUACUUUGUCAAAACAUCUGCAGAUGGUAAAGCUGCUGAGGAGAUGUUCCGAGGGGAAUAUGAAUCCUUGAAUGCUAUCGCGACCUCCGUACCAGGAUUUUGUCCCCGCGCUCUAGCUUGGGGGUCGCUAGAAGAAAGCAACGGAAAGAGCUUCUACCUCGCGACUGAAUUCCUGGACCUGGGGGGUGGUGGCCGGACAGGCCAAUCUCUGGCUCAGAGACUAGGAAAGCUUCAUUCGACUCCAGCCCCGUUAGAUCCUGAGACGGGGAAACGUCGGUUCGGAUUCCCUGUUCCGACCUUCUGUGGUGAUACUAAGCAACCCAAUCGAUUUCAUGAUUCAUGGGCAGACUUCUACGCCAAUGAACGCUUGAUGACGAUUCUCGAAACCUCGGAGAAGCGCAAUGGCCGAGACGCCAACCUGCGCGGUCUAGUGGAGCAGACGGCGCACACGGUUGUACCUGCCCUUCUAGGGGAUGAUCACCUAGGCUACGACAGGAAUGGAAAUGGAGAAGGUAUUACACCUGUGGUUGUUCAUGGGGAUCUUUGGAGCGGCAAUGCAGACCGUGGGAGGAUCGUAGGGAGUGGGCGUAAGGGCGAUGAAGAGGCGGGUGACGUUGUAUACGAUCCAUCGGCAUGCUAUGCGCAUAGUGAGUAUGAGCUGGGGAUCAUGAAGAUGUUUGGAGGCUUUGGGUCGACAUUUUUCACUGCCUACCAUAAGAUUGUCCCUAAGACUGAGCCGGUGGAGGAGUAUGAAGACCGAGUGAAACUGUACGAGCUAUAUCACCAUCUAAAUCAUUACGCCAUCUUCGGGGCUGGGUAUCGAUCGGGAGCAGUAUCAAUUAUGCAAAAUUUGAUCCGAAAGUAUGAUGCAGCAGUUCACCCUGAAGCAACGGGGGCAGCCAAAUUGUUGGUCGAAAAUCACCGUGCGGAGCAGCCAUUAAAGCUGUAUGCUGGGUGGUUCUGCAAGUUUACUGACCUGAACGACAGCUUUGUCCAACGGGUCUGGCUCGCACUAGAAGAGAAACAAAUCCCUUACCAGUACAUCGAAGUCAAUCCUUACCACAAGCCACAGUCGCUUCUCUCACUGAACCCGCGCGGUCUGGUUCCAACAUUAUCAUGUGUGGUUAAAGAUGGGGGCGCUCAGACAGCCAGGCCCCUGUAUGAAUCCACAGUUAUUCUUGAGUACCUCGAGGAGGCCUACCCAGAUAACUCUCCACGGCUCCUCCCGGCAGACCCCUACGACAGAGCCCGAGUACGCAUCUGGAUUGAUUAUGUUACCUCGCGGAUUAUCCCGUCUUUCCACCGAUUUCUCCAAUACCAGCCCAAGUCGGGAGGUGAAGACCCAACGGCUGGCUUGGAGAGAGUCAGACAGGAAUUCCUGGGUCAUCUCAAGGAAUGGACUAGGGAAAUGCAUGCCGACGGACCAUUUUUCUUAGGAGAUCAUAUUGCACUCCCAGAUCUGGUACUCGCCCCAUGGGCGGUACGGCUGUGGGUCUUUGAUGAAUACAAAUCAGGUGGGCUUGGCAUCCCGGCGGAAGGCAAUGGAGGGGAGGAUGAGCCUCUUUGGCAGCGGUGGAGGAAGUGGCUGAGAGCUGUAGAGGAUAGGAGAAGUGUGAGAGAAACUACGAGUGAGAAGGAGUACUAUCUCCCUGUCUAUAAGCGGUAUGCAGACAAUGUGGCCCAGAUACCAUUCGCAAGUAUGGUGCCAGAGAAGAAGGAUGGCUCGAACAAUCAGGCCGCGCCGGAGACAAGCAUACCGGAGCCGCCUUCUAUUCAUCCCUCUUUCAUCCAAGUAGCCAAGCCGUACAUCUUCGAGCAGACUAUUCAACAAUGUAUUGCGGCUAUGGGCGUCAAUCCCCUACGCGAGGAGGGACUGCGCUUGCAGGGAGUGACGUGGAUCGAUAAUGUUCGCCGAGUGUUAUAUUUACCUAUCCGUACCUUUAAUACGGCUGUGGUGUAUUAUCACAAGUUUCGGCUCGUUCAUCCUGACAGCGAGUAUAAUUAUAUGGAUGCUGCUGCGGCUGCAUUGUUUACAGCUUGCAAGAUUGAGGACACAUUGAAAAAGUCCCGGGAGAUCGUAUGUGCAGCAUAUAAUCUCAAAUUACCACCUUCAGAACAUAUAUCUCCCGACAAUCCGGUCUUUGAAGCACAUGCCAGAGGUAUCAUCGGAUUGGAGAGGCUCAUGCUCGAGGCGUCAGGCUUUGAUUUUCGGACGCGUCACCCGCAGAAAACCCUGAUCAAGCUUGCUAGGCAUUAUGGCCUUACGUCGCAGUCGCAGGUAUCAAAUGUGGCAUAUCGCAUAUCGCAGGACCUCUAUCGUACUUUUGCUCCAAUCAAGCAGACUGCGUCAACUAUGGCUUUUACCUGUCUAGAACUGGCAGGUCGUCUGCUGGACCAGCGCAUUGAGGCGGUCGAAAUGGGAGUAGAUUAUGAGAAGUGGAAAACCAGCCGGGAGGAAGUAAUGGAAACCCUCUUUGACCUACUGGAGCUGUAUACCCACAGUCGUGGCUCCACCUCGGUCGGCCCUCAUUUCCCAGCCGAUCGAUUCCUCACAGUCCGUAUUCCAUUGAACAAAGAGGCAGAAACUCAAGGACUCCCUCGUUAUACACACUGGGUCAAUGAGUCGAGAGACCCCAAAGCUACCAAUGGUGCAAAGAGUGGCAAGGAGCCCGCCCUGGAGAAAGCAGGCACCAGGCUGCAUCCGCUUACACCUGUCGCUGCCAAUGGAGAAAGACCCAGAGCUGGCGAGAAAGGCCGGGAUGGAGCCGUACGCUUUAUGCUCGACACCGAGUGUGCAGAUGCAGAGAAGGCGCGUGUUUCCGAGUAUUUCAAGGUUGAAAUGGAAGAAUACGAAGUGGAAGAAUGA